GAAUUGACAACGAUAUGUUAUCUAUAGCACUGGAGCCAGAGGCUGCUUCAUUGUUCUGUCGACAUUUGUCUGUAGAGACUACCAUGUGUCGGUAUCUCAGUUCACAGCUGGCACAAGAUACCUCGUGUUAGACGCUGGCGGGGGUACAAUCGACACAACAGUACAUGAAUUUGGAGUGGACGGGACGGUAAAAGAGAUACGUGCGGCCGACGGGGGAGGAUGGGGUGGUAUUAUGGACGACAGAGAAUUCAAAAACCUGUUGGUUGAUAUAUUUGGUAAGGAAACAUAUAAUGUCUUUAAAAAGUCUGAAACAGAAGACUGGUUAGAUUUCUGGCGUGAUUUCGAAGUCAAAAAGAGAUCAAUUGAUCCAAACAAUGAUUCGAGAAUAAACAUGAAGCUACCUUUGUCACUUAUAAACAUGUAUGAAGAGAGGUGUAAGAGCAAGCUUGCUGUAGCAAUAGAUACAUCAAAGUAUAGAAAGUCCAUCAGUUUUUCUGGUGAUAAAAUAAAAUGUUUGCCCACUGUUUUUCAAGUGUUAUUUAACAAUUCCAUUGACAAUACAACUGGUCUUGUUAAAACUCUGGUAAUGGGAGCCAACAUUAAAGCCAUCCUGAUGGUUGGUGGUUAUUCGGAAUCACCCAUGCUGCAGGAAGCUGUAAAGUCUGCUUUUCCAGAACUAGAUAUUAUAAUACCGACUGGGGCCUCGUCAACUGUACUUAGGGGAGCACUUGUCUAUGGACAUAAUCCAAAAGCUAUCUCGGAACGUAAGCUUAGAUACACAUAUGGUGUGAAAGCAACCCACAAGUUUGAAAAGGGUAAACAUCCAGAGAGCAAGCGUAAAACGUACGACAUUGGAGAUCGCUGUGGAGAUAUAUUUGACAAGCAUGUGGAAAAAAAUGCAGUUGUUAAAGUAGGGGAACCGCAAACGAGAAGACCAUAUCAUCCACUUGAUCGCAAUCAGACAAAAGCUAUAAUUUCAAUUUUUGCUUCCGAGCAAAUGAAUCCAACAUACACCGACGAAGUCGGCUGCAAACAUAUUGGCGAUGUUACAUUUGACAUACCGAGUUCAAGCGCAGAUCUAACCUUUCACAAUGUGUGGGUUUCACUUACAUUCAGCGGAACGGAAACAAUUGUUGAUGCGGAGGAUGAAAUGUCAGGCAAACAGGUCAAGGCAUCUGUAAACUUUUUAGGCUGAUACUUGUAACAAGUUAUAGAAUUACUACUUCUGACUGAAACUUAUAUUUUGUAUUGACGAUAAUCUUACAAAACAAAAAUAAAUGUUUGUAAAAAUAUGUAAAUACAUUUACACGUCUUUUUCAAUAAUUUUGUUUAUCUGCAUUUAUUAAAGGACAUAAACACUUGAAACCUUAUAAUAUAUUGUUUCUCUGACAAAUGCACAUACUUUUGAUGCAUCGUUAACAUAUUUCUGUGUAGAAACUUCAUUAAUCAUUUGAAAACAUGUAAUACUUGCAUACCUUUCUUACUAUAUAAAAGAUACGGUAGUCAUAAAUAUACCAUAAAAUGUUUUGUCUGUGAUUAAACUGAACUUGGAAAA